AACAGCACAGCUGGGGCCCUGCGCAACAGUCUUUCUUUCGUUCACUCUACGAUCUCAUUAUUAUGAAGCUUACCAUCUUUCUCACAUUUGUUGCUGCCGCUUUUACAGUCGUUGGGGCCGUUCCUCUUGAAGGAGGCACAAAUGCCGCCAGGAUGGCGCGCGGACUACCGCCGAACCCGCCUGCAUUCAUGAAGCGCGCCAUCAAAGCUCGCUCAUCGCCGAUAGUCCGCCCGUAAGAAGGACUGCCAUCUGUUCUGAUUGUUUAAGCCAUCUAGAUCUCCGAUCCUCAAUCGUUCGCUUUCCAAUAUAGAUAUUUCCACCCUUGCCCACAUCAUCACUUGCGAUGACCGUCCACUUUCCUUUCGUUUCUUCGUUUCCCCUUUUAUCUUAGGUCUUUUAUUUCAUGAUGCCUUGAAGGCUGCGAUCAUCUCGGUAUGGUGCGUGUAAAACGAUAAUUUCGAAAAUCGAUAUGCAAUUGAGG